GUGACCUUGAAGGAAGCGAGCGGACAGCAGUUUACCCCCCUCCGCCCAUUUCAAUAUUAUUUUACCUUAAUUAAUACUAUAAAUAGUGGGGAUUAAAGGAGAACUCCGCACGGCCAGCAGCACACUUGUCUGGAAGCCUUUGAAGUGACUAAAGUCCCUGUAAUGUUAGACGAUCGGAACGGAGAGCCACUCGAAAAACAGCUGUUAUAAUGAUAUUACAAGACCCUCCGAGCUGUGAAACCGGAGAGCAGAUUUACGCUCUUCGUUGAAGGUGAAGGACUCUUCUGCGGUCACUGAGCAGCAGUACGAGCGUCUUGGAUCAUAAUGAAUAUCCCCUAAUACCCGGACACCGCCCUCUCAUUUCUGCUACUUUCGGAAGAGGAUAAGAAUGUCCCACCUGCUUCUCGGUUUGGUUCUUCUCCUUGUCAGAUGUCUACCGUCCUCCUCACUCCUGUUCCCAAAAGACCUGAGUCCUCUUAGAACCAUCGAUAGUGGAAGUACAAAGGCCUACCCAUGGUUCCGAGGGUUGACCACCGAUCAUGACUCUGCCCACCUUGGCUUGGACUUUCAGAAGAUGCUCAAGCUCAACCAGACAUUGUUGGUUGCGGCAAGGGACCAUGUGUACGCAAUAGAUCUACGGAAAGCCAAAGACUCCAUAACACCAGACAAGUAUAUAACAUGGAAGACAAAGGACAUGGACAACUGCGCUAUGAGGGGCAAACCGGAUGAAUGCUACAAUUACAUUAAAGUUCUGGUCCCCAAGAACGACCAAACCCUCAUCGCCUGCGGCACCAACUCGUUCAACCCCACGUGCCGGAACUACAAGAUCAAGACCCUGGAGCAAGAAGGCGAGGAGUUCAAUGGUCAAGCGCGAUGUCCAUUUGAUGCCAAGCAAGCCAACAUUGCCCUCUUUGCAGAUGGAAAUCUGUAUUCUGCGACCAUGGCCGAUUUCCAAGCCAGCGACGCCGUCAUCUACCGCAGCCUGGGCGAGAAGAGCCCCGUCCUCCGCACCAUCAAGUACGACUCCAAAUGGCUGAGAGAGCCCCAUUUUAUCCACGCAGUUGAAUAUGGCAGUUUCGUCUACUUCUUUUACCGGGAGAUCUCCAUGGAGUACACCACCCUCGGGAAGGUGACUUUUUCUCGAGUGGCCAGGGUCUGCAAGAACGACAUGGGAGGUUCUCCUCGGGUUCUGGAGAAGUACUGGACCUCCUUCCUGAAAGCUCGUCUGAACUGCUCAGUCCCCGGUGACUCCUUCUUCUACUUUGACGUCCUCCAGUCCAUGAGUGACAUCCUGACCAUCAAUAACCGGCCUGCCAUCAUCGGGGUAUUCGGCACCCAAGCCAAUAGCAUCACCGGUUCUGGCGUGUGUGCUUUCUACAUGGAUGACAUUGAAAAAGUUUUUAAUGGGAAAUUCAAAGAGCAAAAGACCACAGAAUCUGCUUGGACCCCAAUUCCAGAAGAUAAAGUCCCGAUGCCCAGGCCCGGUUGUUGUGCAGGUUAUGGCAGUGCCACUGCCUACAAGGCAUCCAAUGAGUUUCCAGAUGAGACCCUUUCCUUCAUCAAAUCUUUCCCCCUCUUAGAUGAGGCUGUGCCUUCCAUUACUGAGACGCCUUUGUUUACAAAAACAACCAGCAGGUAUAAACUGACGCAGAUAGCUGCAGACACCACUGCUGGUCCUUACGGAAAUUACACAGUCUUAUUCUUGGGAUCUGAAGAUGGAAAAAUUUUUAAGGUUCUCACUGGAACUACAGAAAACUCCACAGUGGAAACUGUCCUCCUGGAAGAGAUCAAUGUCUACAACCAAGACAGGUGUGGUGGGAAGAUGGAUGAUGCGAGGAUCCUAGGACUGCAGUUGGAUCGAGGCAAUCACGCCCUAUAUGUCGCUUUUUCAAGCUGCAUCAUCCGUGUUCCUCUCAGUCGAUGCGAAUUGUAUGGGACUUGUAGGAGAAGCUGCCUGGCAUCAAGAGACCCUUACUGUGUGUGGUUAAAAUCGGGGAACUGCGCCAAUUACCGAGGUGAUAUAAGGGUUGCAUUUGAACAAGAUAUUGAGCAACCAAAGCAUCGAGGAAACUGUCAAGAUAUUGUCACCGCCUCAGGAAGCACAGACAUAGAAGGUGACUCUUCUUAUGGGAAAGUCCCGCCCAGCAGUGACAUCACCAUUGCCAGUGUUGACUCCCUUGGGGAAAUGACUCACCCAGGCGGGCCUCACUACGUCCCGCCAGGUGUGACAUCAGACGGUUACUACCAACGUUCUGCCUGGCACAAUCUAAAAACCCAGGGAAAACAUCAAGAGGUCAUGGGAAAGGAUUCCACCAAGACAGUCCACUUCACCUUCCUUAUUGGAUGCGUCUUCGUAGCCUUUGUGGUUGGAGCGAUCUUCUCUGGUCUAUUUGUGUCUUGCUACUGCAACCAUAUGUUUCAGAAAAACAAACACAAUACGAAAGACCCAGAAUCCAAUCUUCAACGGCCUCUGUCCCUCAGGAGUCUGGCAAAGGAGGCCACUUCAAUAAAACUCUAUACCACUCUUCUUCAAGGUGACAAAGAGCAGCCGGCAGAGACAACCAAAGCUGGAGGCAAGGAACAUCCAGAGCUCCAGGGUCUUCCCACUCCAGAAUCCACACCAGAACUGCCAAUGAAGAACCUAAAAGCCUUCAAGAACCAAUGGGAAAGAAACCAAAACUGUAAUAAUGCUAAAGAAAUCCAAAGCAAGAGUCCCGUGUUUCAUUUCCCCAUCUCAAACUCCCAGGUAUUCCAGUUUCCUAGCACUGUGGUCCUGCCAAGCAGCAUGCACGGAUAUGAUCAACCACUUUCCAGCUAUGCAGAUGAUAAGAAGAUACCCAACUCUGAAAGGGCUUUAAUUCGUCAUUCACAGUGUUAUCUUCCGAAAGGCAAUGAGCUGACCACUCUUGAUGAACUUCUAAAACACCUUCCAGAAGAUGGUGGAUCACCAAGAAAAAUGUCAGGAAUGAUGGCUUUAAGCCCACAAGCAGUCAGUCCUCAUUCACCUGUAUCAUUCAUGAACAGAGUACAGCCCCAAAUUCCUGACACUGAAAGUGCUCCAUACUAUAGCUCUUCAACGCUUCCAAGAGACAGUCUGCCCAGGAGACUGGACAUCCCACCAGAUGUUACUCCUCAGUCAUGCUUGGAAAAACAGUCCAGACACCCAUCUCAGAGACAUUCUCUAUCCUCUGGACAUAAACACAUGAGCAUAGGUCCAGGAGGGCAAUUGGUUUCAAGGCAGCAUAGCCUAGGGCAAGGCAGCAGACAACAUCCACCUCCUCUCCUAACAAGGAUGCAUUCAACAGGCACCCCGGUACCUAUGGAUAGCCACAGUGUUUUUCUGUCUCGGCAGCACAGUUACACAGAGCAAACCCCAAUGCAGAGGAGUAUGGUGAAAAGGACCGUGUCCUUGAGACCAGAGAUGUCCUCAACGCCUAUGUUCCUACCAUCUUCCCCAGUAAAGGAUGGGAACCAGUUUAAGUAUUAAUAAUGAUCACUUCUGGAAGUUAUACCAAACAGAUAGCACUUCUAAACUUUUGAAAUGUGAAAACAGAUGCUAUGAAAUUUGCCUUGGUGUUCCAAAACUCUAAAAGAGUGCUUCAAAAACAUCUAAUAUCAUCUCCAGCAAACAAGAAUGUAGUGUGAAAGGACUGGAGAGUGGUGGGAAGAGAAGAUGGACUAAGCCACCAAAUCCCCCCCUCAAACGACCUUACUUAAGGUCAUGGUGGGACUCUAUGGGGUGGUAGACAUCUGCUGUUCAUUUUUAAGUAUUCUACCUAGCUACGCUGUUUUCCUCUACAUGGAGAGCAUGAUCUGUUGACCCCUGUUGAUGUCCAGUGACCUUUUCUUGGUCCAUGGUUAAGGAGACCAUUAGUUAACAGUAUUGGGAGGGCAGUAACAUCACAGAUCAUAGCAAGCAAUGGAUCGAUUCAAUGGACUUUACCUGUGUCCCUGAGCCGUCUAAUACCACUAAUGAGGAACGUGGAACGAUCCGUCAGAAAUGUCCCGGAUGCAGUUGGAUACAUGGAGAGGAUACCUCAAGAGAAAUAGAUCAAAUGUAAAUUAAUUUAUAUAUACAUCCAUGUGUAUAUAUAUAAAGCUAUAUAUAUAUAUAUAUAUUUCACAACCUAACUCCAUAUAAAAGGAGGUUUAAUACCCUACCGUGUAGGGGCGAGAAACUCACUUCUAUAUUAAUAUUACUGAAAAAUGCAUAGAUUGAAUUUAAAAUAUUGGAGAAUAGAUGUUGGUGCGUGAGCCAGGUUAUAAUAUGAUCCAUCCAUUUAUUAAGAUUAAGUUACAAUGGUGGCCCACCGCAUUAGGAUUAUCUCACCGUAUCGCAAGUCAAGUCUCGUCUCAGCUGUCCUUAAAUCCCCAUUGACUUACUGUACAUGACUAUAAAUCUUCAGGAUCAGGGUGAUGUAUGCCAGCCAAAAUAUAAGCACUAUGUGCUCACAUUGAAGGGGGCUCCAACCGAUGCCUCUUAUGACGAGCGUCCGGACAGAGUUGGCCAAGACGUCAAGUUCCUUGAGAAGAGAGAUGGUUUUUUGGCCUUCCGACUCUGUCGUUGUUUGAAUCCAGUUAGCUCAAUGGAUAGUCUGUGUACAUGUGUGCCUUAUUUCAAUCUAGUAUUAUGAACAGUGCGAUUGUAGCAACACGAGUCUGUAUUUAUUUUGUCACGGAGUGGUUAUCAUUUUUAUUUCUAAGGGUGCUUUUUGAGGUGUCACAAAUCUCCACUUGACGCUGUCGGGAAAAAUCUUUCUACAGACAAGUUCAGGACUUUGGGUGCUGUGGUUUCUGAUUAGAUUCCAGAUUCCAUUAGUUCUUUAUUUUCUUGGGUCUUGUCCAAGAGAAACUAAUUCUCCAUCAGUUGUUCCUCAAUGGCCUUCAACAGUUGCCACCAUAGGUCAAUAGGCCAUAAACAUAACUUACUGGAAAGAUCUCAAGGUGUUUUGGUGUACAAUUGGGGCAAUUAUGGGGCUGAACCCAAUUCCCCUACCUCAGUGAUGUGAACCUAUUCACGGUUUCCCUUCUCUACAAGAACUAUAAUGUAAGCAAAAAAUUAGGGGGGGGGGGGGCACAUCUACAAGGCAUGGGGAUACAUCCAACAAGUACACUGAACUCUUGUCCAUAUUGAUUUUACCAAUCAAGCCCUAUCUCCUACUUUUCAAAAAUUAUACACAGAAGUCACAGGAUCUUAUGAAGAACGCACAUGAGAUAUCAUAAAUACAGAACAAUUCUAAUAAAAUUAUAUCAAAACCUGCUAGUCACUUUUUGGCCGGGUGCAAUAUGGUUGCAAUUUUCAACCUUAAUAGACAGGUAUUUACCACACCAAAAUGGGAUCUUGGGAAGUCCAUCAAAAAUUCUGUCAAUUAUUAAACCAACCCCCAAUGAAUUGUCUUGUACCGUCUUCCAGAAACAGAGCCCCAUCUGUCCACAGGUUGUGUCUGGUAGUGCAACUCAGCACCAUUAAACUUAAUCAGAGACCAGCUGCCACAGCAAAAACAGCCUGUGCCCAGAUGUGGGGCUGUUUUUGAAAAACAGGUACUAAGAAUCCGUAAUAAAAAAAAAAGACUGUGAAUGAAAGUAGGGAGAAAAAAUAAAAAAUUGGCGUGUAUCCAGACAGAGAUUGGCCGCUUUUCUUGUGCUAAUUGAUUUUUACAUAAACUCGUGAGUUCUGGAUUAAUUAUAAAACGGGUGACAAACUCUGAAGAUUGCAGACAUGAGCGCUGAUAUUUUCCUUCAUUUCCAAUUAAAUCACAGCAUAAGUCGUAAACAUAUACAACACUUGUAAAAUGCAAUUUACUGUGCAAAAAAAUACUGCCAAUUUUUGUAUCUACUGUUUUUUUAAGUUGUCAUCAUAUCUUUCUUUGGUCAAUAUACCUCCCGGUUGUGGAAACAACUCCAGAUCAUACAGUCGGAGAAAUGCAGUAUUACGUGGAAUGAACGGCCAAGCAAUAAUUGGACGGGCCCGGCCAUACCCCUCUGGAAAGACCUUGGGAUUCAUGGAAAGGGGUUGUCUUCAGGAGACAACCCUUUUAAGGGGCAGCUUUGCCCAUCAUGAUGACAUUUCUACCAAUAAUGAAUUAAUCAAAAGAAUUGUAAAAUAACAAAAAGUAAUAUUACUUUAAAAACAAGUAAGUAUAUCUUAAGUAAAAAGUAAAAUAAAAAAAAUUCAAAUCCAUUUAAAAAUGAAGAGGUAGACAGUUGUCCUCUGACGAAUGUCAUUAGAUAUUGAAAAACGCUUCCUGUGACUUCUCUUCAAAAUCUAGCAGGUGCCGACACACAGUGGAAGAAGCCAUUUUGUAAGGUAAACCAGCAGAGGGCGCCAUUUUGUGGGUGAUUGCAACUGAACACUUUAUUAAUGGGUAAUCAUCACUUUUUUUGAGCAUGUGGACAAAGAUGGCAACACACAAGGUGUCCACCGUCCAAAAAAUAAGAUUAAGGUAACGGAGGUCACGAAGGUUCAUGUCAAUGGCAGGUUGCUGACUUUUUCACCCUUGCACCACUUAUUAUAAACGUAUAAUAGUCCGACUGAGCUAAAUUACCUGUUGUCCCUCUGUACUGACUGACGUCAUCUGCAUUUUUAUAAAGACAGUGAAUGUAAAAUUUGUAAAAAAAAAAACAUGAAAUAAAAAAGUAAGAAAAAA